AUGUAUCUGAUUCUACUAAAAUUGAAGAGACGUAUAUUGAGAAAAUUCAUAGUUGUUCUAUUUAAGUAGAUUUUAAAUGAAUCAAAGUAUAAAUCUAAGGAAUUCCUUAAAUUUCAUGUUAAAGAUGAAUACGAUAUGAAUUCUAUUUUUAGUUUAUUGGAAUUACAAAAAGAGAAAUAGACAUCAAAUAAAGAAAUUUUAAACUAGUUUAAUUAAAUUACUAUAGAGAGUAAUAUAUAUAAUUAUAGUAAUAAAUAAUUAAGUAGCAAGAAAAGUUUGGAAUAGUAAAAAGACCUUAAUAUCCUAAGAGAUAAGGAUUAUGAGUAUAGAAAUAUAAUGAUUAAGCAAAUAUGA